AUGUUUACCAUGGUUCUGAGGAUGCUUCUCUUCAUGAUGGGACUUCUAGGCUCUGUCACCUCAGUGGAGGUGACCAUCCCAAUGAAGGUGGUGAAUGUGACGGCUGGGAUGGAUGCCACUCUGCUCUGCACAUAUACCACGACUGCCCCCACCACAGACCAGCUUACCAUUCAGUGGUCCUUCUACCACAUCAAGAAAUUCCAAAUAAUCACUCACUACCCAUGCCUCAAUAUUCAGAGUAUGGAGGAAGAGGCAUUCAGUCAGUGUCUAAAAGUGGUGCAUACAAGAGAUGCUCGGGGAAGAUGUAGCUGGACUUCUCAGAUUUAUUAUUCUGCUGGUGGACAACCAUCUGACAUUGGAAAGUAUAAGGACCGGAUUACAGGGGCCUCCACCGCAGGAAAUGCCUCCAUCACUAUCUCCAACAUGCAACCUUCAGACAGUGGAGUUUAUAUCUGUGAUGUCAACAACCCACCUGACUUUCGUGGAAAUAACCAGGGAUUUGUAGUGACCAACGUGUUAGUCAAACCUUCAAAGCCUUUUUGUACCAUCAGAGGGACCCCGGAAGCUGAGCAUGCCAUCUCACUUUCCUGCUAUUCUGCUGAAGGGAUGCCAUACCCUGUGUACCAGUGGUUUAAAGUGGAGGAAGACACCGUCAAACCUGUGAAAGAACAAUACAAUCCAACGACUGGACUUUUGGUUAUCAGCAAUCUGACCACCUUUGAGAAAGGCCACUACCGCUGCAUUGCCAGCAACAAUCUUGGGAACAGCUCCUGCGAGAUCGAUCUCACCAUAGGACAUUCAGAAGCAGGCAUCAUUGCUGGGGCACUGAUCGGAGCCCUUCUGACAGCCAUCAUCAUCUGCUUGAUUGUUUGGUUUUUCAUGACAAAGUUCAAGUCCAAGAAAAGAAAAGGGAUCACAAAGGAGAUGCAGCCCAUGACAAAGACACUCCAAAGUUCUGAGUACGAGACAGUGCCAGCCCAGGAAACUGCCCCCCGAGAAGUGCCUCCAUCAUCCACAGAGCCUGAAUUAUUGGCCCCCAACCAUGAGGAGGCUGAAGGAGGGGGAAAAUAG